CUGGCAAGAGACGAUAACAAACAAAGAGAUCGAUGAUGCGCCAGUCACUGCUCAUCAUCAUCCUCUUGUCCCUGUUCGCCAUUACAGCAACGUCUCAGAAAUUCCCCGUCUGCUCCGAACAAGACGACUCUGGCUGACAUUCAAACCCUCUUCGGAAUCGAGGACCUCACGUCUCUUCUGGGAGCAAACUUCUUCCCAGUGUCCACCUCAUCGAACCGAAGCGUUGCCGAAGGCGAGAUAAUCAGAAUCCCCUUUCUCUGUAAUUGCAAAGAUGAUUACGGAAAAUCGGAAGGGCUUCCAAUCUACAAGCUACAGCCAGGCGACGGCACCUUAGAUUACAUCGCCGAGAAGGUCUUCUCGGGGUUAGUGACGGCCCAAAUGAUCGCAGAUGCCAAUAAUAACAUUAACAUCUCCAACCUGAACUCGUGACGGCUGAGAGAGAUUGAGCUGUAUAUUCCGUUACCGUGCAACUGCGAAGACGGGAAAACCAUCCACUAUACACACGUUUUCUCUAACGGGAGCUCGUUGGAGAAGAUCGCCCGGGAGUAUGGAAUCUCCGAACGUGAGUUGAUGACUCUCAACAGUGUCGACAAUGCCGGUGAUGUCAGGGCCGGCCAAGUUCUUGACAUUCCCCUUGAAGUCUGUGCUUCUAAUGUGAUACAUGAAUCUCCGGACUACCCUUUGGUGGUGGCCAAUGGCACUUACACCUUAACAGCCAACAAUUGCGUCCGAUGCAGGUGUAAUAUUCCGUAUGAUAGUCGCUAUAAUUCAUACUACACUCGCAGAUUGCACUGUGAACCAUCCCAUGCAACUCAACUCAUCUCAAACUGGACUCAUCAGUGCCCUCCCAUGCAAUGUCUUUUUGACAAUGGUGCAUCAUUGACCUUGGGAGAUCACACACCUUUCGUUCAAACCUCUUGUGGCUACGCCUGUGUCUACACCGGAUAUAACAAUGCCAAUCAAACCAUCUUCACAGACCUUGCUUUGGAUUAUAUGUGUGGGCAUCGUGAUGAACCAUUGCCUCCAGUGCCUUCUCCAAGUCCAAGUCCUUCUCCUUAUCCCGAGGGAGAUGCUCCGCCUCUGCAGCAGCCUACUAAUGCUCCACAGCCUACUCCUGCUUACUCCAAGAAGAAAAAGAAGAGAAUAUUUAUCCUCAUAAAAUAUCGGUGCAUUUCUAGCAAUGGCAAUACUUAUCUUGGGCAUGAUAUUUUACACAAGGAAGAAGAAGAUGCAGAGAAAAAGAGAGAAAAAGAGAGAAAAAGAGGCAACAUGGAAAACAACAAUGAGAAUGUUAACAUUCUUGAAAACACAAGGAAAGACCUUGAAUUUCCACUGUUUGAUUUUCUUACAAUAUCAAUAGCCACCAAUGACUUCUCUCUCGAUCACAAGCUCGGACAGGGUGGCUUUGGUCCUGUUUACAAGGGUAAGUUGGAAGAUGGACAAGAAAUAGCUGUGAAAAGACUUUCCAAAACUUCUGGACAAGGUCCCAACGAGUUCAAGAACGAAGUCAUAUUGAUUGCCAAACUCCAACAUCGGAAUCUUGUGAAACUUUUGGGUUGUUGCAUUCAUGGGGAAGAAAAGAUGUUGAUUUAUGAGUACAUGCCUAACAAAAGUCUGGACACCUUUAUUUUUGGUUUGGCUCUAUCAGAAGCUUAUAUAUGCUUUCAGCUGCUUAACUAG